UAAAGUUUGAUGAAUUGUGUAUUUUGAGAUUUCAGGUGUAAAGAUGAAACAAGAUGGAGUUCAGGUUGAUGAGAUUAUAUUAUCUAGUCAGGUCAUGGAGGUCUGCUGGACACAUGCCUUAUCUAGUGAGAAGGAGGAGAUAAUGGGAUUGUUGGUUGGACGAGUUGAAGGGAGCAAGGUUAAAUUCUUCACACUCAAGGUCCUCAAGAGACUAACCAAGGAGAAGGACAGGGUGGAGAUAGAUCCGUCACAGCUCAUGGCAGGAGCUGAGUUCGCGGCAUCUCUCAAGGAUGAGAAUGGAGAUGAGCUCCGGGUGAUGGGUUGGUAUCAUUCUCAUCCUCACAUCACAGUUCAUCCUAGUGCUGUAGAUCUGAGAACACAGGCAGCUUAUCAAUUGAUGGAUUCUAGUUUUGUCGGAGUUAUCUUUUCUGUAUUUUGCACAGAUAGAUCUACAGGGGUAGAUACAAGGCGAGUGACUGGGUUCCAGGCGGAUACAAGCGAACCUGGUUCUCCGUCCUGCCGAAGCGUUCAGAUCUCUACAGACGAAAACAUUUCGUUCACAUCUCGGGAAAUAUUUGUUUCAGCUUACAAGGCCUUGGGAGAGCUUUGGCUGGUUUUAGCAGAGGAAGAAAGAGAGGAAUUCAACAAGUUUAAGGCUGAAGGUGAGAUAGAUCCUAUUGCAGAGAUUAACAAUCAAGCUCAGCUUUCUACAAGGUUGGCUCAUCUACACCGUCAUCUCGUUAUGCCAGUUAUGCAGACAAUGAGACUCAAACUCCAGAUUGCUAAGGUGAAUGCUAAGAAAACUGAAGAAAGGAAGAUGAAUGCUCAAGUUUCAGGGUCGUUAAAGACAGGAGAUGGUGCAAUGAAGAAGAGUGAAAAUGUGGAGAAGGAGUGCAGAAGAGAAAAGAAUGAUACUCCAGGAAAAGGUAUUGAGAAGAGAAGAAGAAGUUCUCAAGAAGUCUGUGCUGAGAAGAGGAUAAGAAGUGAUCAUCAACCAGACCAGAUCUGUCUCAAGAAGACGCCUCAAGAUGGGCCGAGUAGGUCGAGUCGGUUUAGUGAUAUCAUAUUUAAGAGUGAUAUUGAAUCCAGGAAGAAAAGUGAUAGUCAAGAGUUCUAAAUUCAUCUAGUUCGGUUUCUCAACAUUUUUGGCUGUGAUAUAAGUAAAUUCAUAUAAAUUCCUUGUGCAAGUAAAUGUAUUGUCUUCGUUGAAAUGCUUUAUGUAAUUUACAGGACUAAUAUACAUUAUUUUUCAUAUA